AUGAACAAAUAUCUGCAAUAUUUAUUAACGGCGGGGAGCUCAGAGCGAGGUUAUGAUCCCUACAACCCAGACCUCCCGAGGCCCUCGCUGGAGGAGGAGGAAGAGGAGGAGGAUGGUGCUCUGGCUGACAUUACAGGUGUGACACCUGGUAUUUUGGAGUUGGAGCUGGUCAACAAGGCCAUUGAGGCAGUCAAAAACGAAGUUGAGAGAGAGCAGAAAAAGUAUGAGGAGCUUCUGGAAACCACCAAGGAGCUCAGCGCUGCAGAGGCCUCCGCGCUCCUUUCGAAUGUGCCCGUGUCAGCUGCUGGGACACAAAAUGAUUCAUUUAUGUCCUUAGAAUAUAGUCCAGGUAGCUACAACUUUAAUAAUAACUCAGACUACAACCCUACUCCUCUAGCUGCUGCUAGCCAGUCAAGUAAAUACACUUUGGAUGCUUACAAAUCUAAAGGAAGUUCCCUGGAAUACGUUCCCAAGGCUGUAGUACAGAAUAAAAAAUAUGGUGGCACUGUCACUAAUAAUAAAUAUGUGAUUGAUGACUCAAAGCCUUCUACAGACUUGGAAUAUGACCCACUUUCAAAUUACUCAGCCAGGCUUUUGAGCAAAGCCACAACAAAGGAGCCCAAGGGGGCUAAAAGGGGCAGGGUGCCCAGUUAUGAGGGCUCUUACUCUCCAUCACGAAAGAAGCUCUGUGAAGUAGCUGAUGACUAUGAAGUGUGUGCCAGGUUUUCUUCCUCUGAAGAUGAGGCUGAUGCAGAAUACAAGCCAACUUCUGUGAGUUCACAGUCAAAAGCUGGUUCUGAAAGUGAAUCCAGUGAUGGGUUCUCCAACAAAGAGCAGAGCACCAAGCUGGAUGACUUUGCUUCCCAGGAUAGCAAAGGAUCAGCAGCUCUAUAUGGCAUGGAGGACCUUCCAAGUUCACAGAAGAAUCUUGGCAAAAACUUCUCAGACAAGAAUGCAAAAGCAGCAAAAUUGUGUUCUGAUAAAAAUGAGCAGGAAAUUGAAAAUAAAAAUAAAGAGUCAAAAGACAAAGCAAAAAGGAAGAAAUCAGAUGUUAGUAAAACACCCGGUGUCAGUGAGGUUGGUAAGAAGGAAAAAAGUAAAAGUACAGAAAAAGACAAAAUGGUGAAGAAAGAAGAAAAAUUGAAAUCCAAGAAUGAAGAGAAAAACUCUAAAGAGAAAAGUGUCAAAGUAAAAAUGGAUGGGAAUGUAAAGAAAUCUGAAAAACAAAAGUCAGAGAAAGUUGAUGGGCUUAAGAAAGAAAAAUCCAAGUCUGCCAGCAGUAGUUCAGGGAAGAGCAAGAGUGAGGGUGUCAGCAAAAGCUCCCCAGAGAAGCUGGGGAGCAGCAAGAAGGACUCCAAGCUGAAAGCAGCUGAUUUGAAGAAUGGUAAGGAAACCUCUGGUCAUAAAAACAAAGAGAAAGGGACCAAGACUCCAGCGCUGGAGAGAAAGAAAGAAAACAGUUCUACAGAGAAGGGAAAUCCAAAGAAGGGUCGGAAGCAGAGGAGUUUGAGUCAUGUUGAUCUGUUUGGUGAUGAGAGUGGGGAUGAUGAUGACAAAGGUUGCCCUUUGCCCUCCACCUUACCCGACGUGAGCUCGGACUCGGAUGGGGGUGACUGUGGGUCAGACUCUGAGAGUGAAAACGAAGGGACAAAGAAAGUGAAACGCUCUAAAUUGUCCAAGUCAUCGUCGUCUUCCUCCACAACAUCUGAUGACAUUGAUUAUUCCAUUCUGGAGAAAGAGUUGGACUUGGAGUCAGAUCCAAUGGAAGAGUGUCUCAGGAUUUUUAAUGAGUCUACGGAUGUGAAAACUGAAGACAAGGGAAGGCUGGGGAAACAGGUAUCUAAAGAGGAAGGAAAUGAUGAAAAGACAGAAGAUAAUUUAACUACCUUGUUUCCUGGCCAAAAAAGAAGGAUCUCUCAUCUUGUCAAACAAGGAAAUGCAGAGGUCCCCAACAAGCCCGUAGUCCGGCCCUACCGUCCCCCCACGGCUCAGGAGGUCUGUUACCAGAGGAUCCAGCUGGCUCAGCAGCAGGCAGCACAGCUGGCUGUGGCCGUUCAGAAGGCCUCUCUUUCUUUGCCAGGAGAAAAGAAGAGGAUUGCUCAUGUGCCAAAUGCAGCCCUCUCUGCAGCAGCCAAACAAAGCCUUGUGAGUAGUAAGACAACUGUUGCUGGCAAGAGUGUGACACCUUCCAAUGACUCUGAGGCACCCAGCCUUUCUCUGAAGGCUUGCACCUUAGCUGGGAUGGCUUCAAAGACCACUAGCACCAUCGUGCCCAAAAGGAUAGCACAUGUUCCCUCCUUGCAGAGUGCCACCUUACAGAGGCCUGUUAUUCCCACAGAAUUUGGUGCCAAAGUCCCAACAAACAUUCGUCAGAGAUAUCUCAAUCUCUUCAUUGAUGAGUGCCUGAAGUUCUGCUCCUCCUCCCAGGAAGCAUUUGACAAGGCUCUGUCAGAAGAGAAGGUGGCUUAUGAACGUAGCACCAGUCGCAACAUCUACCUGAACGUGGCUGUGAACACCCUGAAGAAGCUCCGGAGCCUGGUGCCCAGUUCCCCCUCCAGUACCAACAAGACAAGCAACAAGAAGGUGGUGUCCCAUGAAGCUGUGCUGGGAGGGAAGCUGGCUGCUAAGACAAGCUUCACCCUGAACCGCUCAGGGAGCUUGAGAGCAGAGGAUUUAACAGGAGCUGCCUUGUACCGGCGACUGAAGGAGUAUCUGAUGACUGAGGAGCAGCUCAAGGAGAAUGGGUACCCCAUGCCUCACCCCGAGAAGCCUGGCCGUGCUGUUCUCUUCACUGCAGAGGAGAAGAAGACAAGUGACUCCUCCUGCAGGAUUUGCUGUCGUUGUGGCACUGAGUACAUGGUCUCAGCCUCUGGGAGCUGCAUUCGGAAGGAGGAAUGUGUCCACCACUGGGGGAGGCUGCGCAAGCAGAGAGUGCCAGGUGGAUGGGAAACUCAUUACAGCUGCUGCUCAGGAGCUGUGGGCUCACCAGGCUGCCAGGUUGCUAAACAACAUGUCCAUGACGGACGAAAGGAGAGCCUGGAUGGCUUUGUGAAGACUUUUGAGAAGUUGCCUACAACUGAUGGCUACCCUGGAAUCUACUCCUUAGACUGUGAAAUGUGCUACACCAAGCAAGGACUGGAGCUGACAAGAGUGACUGUGAUCAACUCAGAACUGAAAGUGGUGUAUGACACCUUUGUCAAACCAGACACCAAGGUGGUGGAUUAUAACACCAGGUUCUCGGGUGUGACAGAAGAAGACCUGGAGAACACCAGUAUCACCCUGCGGGAUGUCCAAGCCGUCCUCCUGAACAUGUUCAGUGCAGAUACCAUAUUGAUAGGGCACAGCUUGGAAAGUGACUUAUUUGCACUAAAGCUUAUCCAUGGCACCGUGGUGGACACGGCCAUCGUCUUCCCCCACCGCCUGGGGCUGCCUUACAAGCGGGCUCUGCGCAACCUGAUGGCAGACUACCUCAAGCGCAUCAUCCAGGACAAUGUGGAAGGGCACGACUCCAGCGAGGAUGCCAGAGCCUGCAUGGAGCUGAUGGUCUGGAAGAUCAAAGAAGAUGCUAAAGUGAAGCGAUGACUUGGCUUUCUCUCUCUCUUCUUCCUCCUCCACCUCUUGGAAGCAGUGCAAUAAAUGCUGGCAGUUACACUGUC